CCUAUGACGUCUUGAACGGCACACCGCAGCCCCUGCCUGGGGACUCUUUCUCACUCACGGCUGUGCGGCCGCCUUCACUCUGCGCGGCAUGACCGUGGGAAGGGAUGUUCCUCCAGCACGAAGUGAGUUUGAGUGUCAAAAUGCGCAGAAGUGGAAUAAACAAAUCGGACACGCAUCCAGCCGCUGCUCCCGCUAGCUCGCAAGGUAGCUAGCUACAGUAACAACGGGAGCCAGUGGGAAACGAGCUAACCGAGGCUAUCUACGGUUAACCUCCGAGGCGUGAAGGACCUGGACCAGGCUGCCGGGCCAGCUAGUUGUUUGGUUUUUUUUUGUGUAACGUGAAGGGACAAAAUAAUAAUAAUGGAGCUGUUUCAAGCCAAAGACGAGUACAUUCUCCAGAGCGGGGACCGCGCUCUGUGGUGCAGCCGAAAAGACGGGACGAUGACCGUCAGACCUGCCACAGACCUGCUGUUAGCUUGGAACCCAGUGUGUUUGGGUUUGGUGGAAGGUGUCAUCGGAAAGAUACAGCUUCACACAGAUCUUCCUCUCGGCCUCGUUUUAAUCCGUCAGAAAGCACUGGUUGGCCACUUACCAGGAAACCACAAAGUCUACAAAAUCACCAAGAUCGCUGUCAUUCCCCUGUCUGACGAAGAGCCUCAGGAGCUCGAGCUGGAGCUUUGCAAGAAGCAUCACUUUGGCAUCGACAAACCGGAAAAACUGGCCCAGUCUCCGGAUGAGUCCAAGUUGAUGAAGACUUUAAGUCAGAUCAAAUCUAACGUGGCUGUGCCCAUCAAGAAAAAGUAUUCCCCUGCCUUCCAGGUCAAGGAAAACAAAGAGAAGGAACGUCUGGAGAGGCGGCUGCUGGAUGAGCUGUACAAGAUAUUCAUGGACUCAGAUUCUUUCUACUACAGCAUGACCUAUGACCUGACAAACAGUGUACAGCGUCAAGGAGACUCUGAUAAGUCUGAUUUACCCCUGUGGAAGCAGGUGGAUGACCGUUUCUUCUGGAAUAAGCACAUGAUACAAGACCUUAUUGACCUUCAGGUCCCAGAGGUUGACUUCUGGGUGAUACCAAUCAUCCAGGGCUUUGUGCAGGUGGAGGAGCUGGUGGUAAACUACAAUGAGACCUCUGAUGAGGAGCGGAGCAGUCCUGACACCCCACCAAAGGAGAUCACUUGUGUUGAUGACAUCCAUCCUCGUUUUACUGUGGCCCUGAUCUCCAGACGUAGCCGCCACCGUGCAGGGAUGCGGUAUAAACGCAGAGGAGUGGAUGCAGACGGCCAUGUAGCUAACUAUGUGGAGACAGAGCAGUUGAUCCACGUGCACAGCCACACUCUGUCCUUUGUGCAGACUCGUGGCUCUGUGCCUGUCUUCUGGAGCCAGGCAGGGUAUCGCUACAACCCCCGGCCACGCAUAGAGAAAGGAGAGAAGGAGACUAUGGCUUACUUUGCCGCUCACUUUGAAGAGCAGCUCAAACUGUACAAGAAGCAGGUCAUCAUUAACUUAGUGGAUCAAAGUGGACGGGAGAAGAUCAUUGGUGAUGCAUAUCUGAAACAAGUCCUCCUGUACAACAACCCAAACCUCACUUAUGUUUCAUUCGACUUUCACGAGCACUGCCGUGGCAUGAAGUUUGAGAAUGUACAAAUACUGACAGAUGCGAUUUCUGAUAUCAUCACUGACAUGAAGUGGGCCUGGGUGGACCAAGCAGGAGUCAUCUGCAAGCAGGAGGGGAUGUUCAGAGUGAACUGUAUGGACUGUCUGGAUAGGACCAACGUGGUCCAGGCUGCUGUUGCUCGCGUAGUGAUGGAACAACAACUGAAGAAACUGGGUGUGAUGCCUCCAGAGCAGCCUCUGCCUCUCAAGUGUUACAGGAUUUAUCAGGUCAUGUGGGCAAACAAUGGUGACACCAUCAGCAGACAGUAUGCUGGCACAGCAGCUCUCAAGGGAGAUUUCACCAGGACGGGAGAGCGGAAACUGGCCGGUGUCAUGAAGGACGGGGUGAACUCAGCCAACCGUUAUUAUCUGAACCGUUUUAGGGAUGCUUACAGACAAGCAGUGAUUGACCUGAUGAUGGGCCUGCCAGUGACGGAGGACCUUUACUCCAUCUUCAGUAAGGAGAAGGAGCAUGAAGAAAAAGAGAAAGAGAGCCAAAGAGGGGCCCAGGAGCAGGUCAGUCUCCUUCUGCAGACCUACAUGCAGCUGUUGUUGCCAGACGAUGAGAAGUUUCAUGGCGGUUGGGCCCUCAUAAACUGUGACAUGAGCCUCAUUGAUGCAACCAACAAAGAUGAAGAUGUGCUGCUGCUCCUCUCUGACAAAGCAUAUUAUAUUGCUUACUAUGAUGAAGAAGCAGAUAAAGUCAACCAAUACCAACGUCUCAAUUUAGAGGGUUUGGAAAAGAUCGAAAUUGGUCCAGAGCCUACUCUUUUUGGGAAGCCAAAGUUCUGCUGUAUGCGACUGCACUACAAGAAUGAGGAGACUAGCGGAUACUUUCACACACUGCGAGCUGCAACACGAAAUCCUGAGGAUGACGGGAAAGAUACAUUACAGUGCAUAGCUGAGAUGCUUCGCAUAACUAAGCAGACUACAGGGAAUGACCUGCUCGUGGUUGAAAAGAAGCUGGAGAGGCGGCAGAGUAAACCUCAUGAAGAUAUAAUGGGGAUCCACAACAAACCUGCUGACCAAGUUCAGGGGAACUCCGGCCUGGCACAGGGCAAAAGUUUCAUCCUCAACAAAUUCUCCACUCUGAAUCAGAAAGUGAAACAGACCAAGACAAAUGUUAACAUUGGCCCCUUUAAGCCCCUCGGUAAGCUGGGGAACUUCUCUAAGCCUGAUGUAAAGGUGAAUUUCCUAAAGCCAACUAUGCACGUCAACCUGUGGAAGUCAGACAGCAGCUUGGAGACAUCAGAUAAUGCUCCUGGCACAGGAGCCCUAAAAGACAUUGGUAAUGAGAACUAUGACCACACCUCAGAUUCAGACUCUUAUAAUUCAGACCCAGAGCACCCGUGCGCUGGCUCCUUAGAAAAUGUGGACUAUGUGCUGCCCAGCUGCGGCAUUGUAGCAUCAAACCCCAGACUGGGCAGCCGGUCCCAGUCCAUCGGUAGUGCAGAGCUAAAUAUACCCUCCGUUAUCCGGGUCACGGGCUGUGACGGAAAGCAAGAAAGCUCAUCUCAUAUCAGUGAUGACAAGUCUCCCGGGGCCGCCUCAGUGGCUGAAGAAGCCAUUCUUAUUGACUUUGGUACUCCCAUUGAUGCCUACUGCCACCAGUUCAUCCAGGAUGCACAGACCAAACCUGUUGAGGUGUUCGGAGAGCUGCCACAAGCUGCCAUACCUCCACUCAACCCUGCAGUGCCUGUGCAUAAUAAGAACCCAGGAGACUCAAAAAAGCAGGCAAGCUCAGAGCAGAAUCAGCAGGAGGAGCCUCAGCUCCCCAGGCCUUCCCAGCUAGACGUCCAAUCCUCUACCUCCAGUUCCAGCCUCCUCACUAUCCAGAAGCCUAGCUCUGCAGUCUCAGGAGGCUCUCAGCGAAGCGCUUGCUCACAGGUGGAGGGCAGCCUCGGCCCCUCACCUGCCGACAGCAGCGGCAGCCGAGUGGUGUCUCCCUUUGCCAAGAUCAAGAGUUCUAUGGUUCAAGUGGCCAGCCUGACCCAGGCAGGGCUCACUGAAAGCAUCAACUUUGCAUUUGCAAAGGUACAGAAAAGCCCCGAGCCCGAUGCUGUCAACGAGACCCAAGAGAACGAGUUGAAGGCAAUGUUUACACAGUGCCAGACCAGGAUCAUUCAGAUCUAGUGCUUUCCUUGUAGCAUUACUUUGCAGUCGUUUGUCAUGUAGAAACUUCCUGUAACGUAGCAGUAGCAAAAGCUUGCACAUAGCAUCACUACUCGGCCAAGAAAUGUGCUCUUGAGAUUGCCCUUGAGUUGAAAUUGCCCAUGUUAAUAAUGACUCUUGUACAGAAUUGACAAAUGUAUCCCAAAGCCCACGAUAACAGUUACUAUAUUUACAUGCACAUAGUUAGAGAUUCCUCCACUCUCGAGAGCACUGAAUCAUAGAUCUUUCGCCAUGCAACCUUGCACACUGAUAUUGUCACAUGUCCUCUUUUAUGGUUUAACUAGUUUUCAGAUGAAUGCUGAAUAAAUGUCUCAGCGAGUACAUAGCACUGCUUGAGUACUUUUGGGGGGGGGCAUAAUUUCCUAAGUGUUAGUGCUCCAUCCAAAUCUUAAGUCACUCCAGAAAUAGUUCUACUCUAUGAUUAGCUUAAGAGACAAACAACCAAGAAUAAAGAAGAUAUUUAGGCUUUUAAACUCAUCUAGUUUGAGAGAUGGUUUUCAGAGUGUUUCUGUAUGUGUAAACAUGUUACUGUCGUUUGUCUGAAGUAAUUGAAUGACCCACAAUGCUUGCACGUGAGGUUAAUGGUAACAACUGAUUUUUGACGAGGCAGGUAAGCAUUAGCUGCACGUUGAAAGACCAACUCUGACUUUAUCAUGUACUGUAAACCAUCCUGGCUACUUAUUGGCGUUUGUGACCUAGUACUACCCUUCAGUUUGUAACAGUUGUAGAAACCAACCAAAUAUCUUUUGUGAUUCCCAAAGGACUAUUCUGUGUUAAAUAUUACCCUUUGUAUAGCUGUCAGAAACUAGCCAGACAACAUAAUCUAUGUAGUUAAUCCUAUGUAAUAUCAAUGUUGUCAAGUGUAACUUAGAAGAUAUACUGCUGUAGAAAUAAUGACCACAUAAGAGCUUUAGUAAGAGUAUCAUGGUUGUUGAUAUGUACAGUGAGUAUUGUCUAUCUGUCUCUGAGUAGAGCUGUCUUUUAAGCUUUUUGUAUUGAUGCUAGGGUGAAGCUUAAAGAGGGAUGAGCAUUAUAUUUAGAAAAGAACGCCCAGUUCUGUCAUUGUUAACCACGACUAACCAGAAAACAUCUGGUUGGAGCCGUUUUUGAUAGAUCUAUGUAAUGGAAUAACUAUUCUGGUAAUGUUGUAAUAAUGAAGUACAUGAUGGUUUACUUGAGCUGAAUCCUUAGCUGGCAUUAUAAAUUGAAACUGCAUGUUUGACAAAGACAGGCGAGUAGCAUAUAGUAGGUAUAUAUGCAACUGCACCCAACCAGUUACUAGAAACACUGAUGCUUUAUGCACUCCCCAAACUUAAAGCAUAUUUGCCUUAACAGGGAACUAAAG